AUGACUUUUGAAGAAAGAUUAAAACUGAAGUAGAGAUCAGCUUUUGAUGUGAUUAAGAAUAAGGAAUAAGUUCUUGAGAGAAAAGAAAAGGCUGAGAAACAAAAGUUAAAUGCAUAGAAAGUUGGUAAAAAAAUGCCAAGAGAGAGAUAUUCAAAAUUGCAAGUUAGUAUUCUAAGGCCAAUAAAUAUCAUCAAUGAUCAGCCUAAACUUCAUACUCGUGAUCCUCGCUUUGAUAACAGAUCUGGCACUCUAAAUCAAGGGUUAUUCUAGGAAUCAUAUGCCUUUAUAAAGGAAUAUUAAGAUGAGAGAUUCUAAUAACUAGGAGAAAAAUUACGUUCGGCUAAGAAAUAAGGAGAUAAAGAUCAAAUUAAGUAGAUAAGAGACCUUAUUGGAAAUGAUAAGAGUUUCAUGAACAAGAAUAAAAAAUAAAAGCAAGAAAAAGAAGUCAUAUAGGAAUAAAAAAAGGUUAAUAAGGAAAGAGCAGAGAAGGGUCUUUAACCACUCUAUCUAAAAAAAAGAGAAAUAAAGGAAAUGUAGGUCAAGUAAAAAUUCGAAAAGUUAGACAAGGAUGGCAAUCUAGAAAAGUUCAUACAGAGAAAGUAGGAGGAAAAAGACAAAAAGAGAAGAUGA